AUGUUCAAUGAACAUUAUGAAACAACAUUAGUUUCUCAAUUACUUGAUUCAAUUGAUAAUCAUUUAAAAACUGUUGAUUUAUCAAUGGCACAAAAAGAAUCUCAUGCAUAUCAAUCAUCUGUUGAUAAUCCUGAUGAUGCUGACGAUGAUGAUGAUGAGCUUUGGCUUAGUGGUCAUCGAUCAAUAUUUUCAUCAUAUGGAAGUCAUUAUCAAAAAAAUCUAUCACCAUUUCAUAAUAGUCAAUAUGAAGGUUUCCAUUGGGAUUUGUAUGAAAAUUAUAAUUGUCAUUAUCUUGCCUUUGAACAUAAUCAACAAAAUACUUGUCAAGAAAAAAAUCUUUCUCAAUGGUCAAUGCAUUUCAAUUCAGAUAGUACAACAUCAUUAUCAGAUCGACCUCAAACAUCAUGGCAUGAAAUAAAAACAAAAUCUAUGAAUCAUAGUUAUUUAUCAUCAAGAAAUACAUCUAAUAAGGAUCAUAAUGCAUCUAAUCCAUUAAAAUUAUAUCAUUUAUUUCAACGUACAAAAUCUCAACAACAUCCAUGUCAUUUAUAUGAAAAUUUUAGUGAUAAAAGUAUAUGUGAUUCAUUAACAUCAUCAUCUUCAUCAUCAUCAUCAUCAUUAUGUUCAAAUUCCAUUAAACAAGAACAAUCUAAAAAUAGUGUUGAUCAAUGUCUUCAAACAUCAAUUAGUCUUUCUGAAAAAGAUAAUUUUAUCGUUACUCAUUCGAAAAAUGUUAAUCACCUAUUGAACAAUCCUACUCAUUCAUCUUCUACAUCUCAUCAUUCAUUACCGAAUCUUGAUUUUCUUACAUAUUAUGCUAAAGAAAAUCCACCAUCAUUAUUAACAGUAACAAAUCAAUUUUGUACAGCAAUGAAAAGCACAUUGUCGGAACCAUUAUCAUUAACAAAAAAGGCUACAUAUACGAUUUUCUAUUUUAGUAUUAAUGGUCCUAAUCAAACUAAAACAUUGUAUCCAUCAUUAUCAACAAUUCAAAAACAUAAAGAAACUAAACGUAUGCAAAAUCUUAAAAUUUGCCCAUCUAAAAUGUCUACAGAAGAAACUGAAGCAUUCUCAUCGACAUGCUCAAGUAUAUCAAGUAGUGGUUAUUUUAGUAAUAGUUCAACGAAUCAGCCACAUCAUAUUCAAACACGUUCAUCUCCGUAUCCUCUUAAAUCAUGUCUAAAACGCGCUAAAACUGAGCAAUCAACAAAUGCAUCGUCAACAGCAAAUGUUCGUGCUGUUGGUGUUUCUGAAGAUAUAAUUUCAUUACCUAAUCGAUGUGUUCAUAAUGAAAAUGAUACAUUAAAAACUAGACAUUCUUCAGUAUCAACUACGUCAUCACAUAAACAAAAUCUUUUAUUAAAAAUUCGAACAAGAAAUAAAACUUGUACUUUAUCUGAACAUGAUCUUCAAACGAAGAAAAAUGUUAGUUUUUGUGAUGAAAUUGUUCGACGACUUAUUACAUCGUCAACAAGUCCCAAAUAUCCAUAUGAAGAUUAUUGUGAUUUAAUACCACAAGAAUAUUUAAUUGAUAGUCCACCAAAUGAAUUUAAUCUAUCUGAUGAUGAUAAAAAUGAAGAUCAAUUGAUAAAUUUUAUUGAAAAUGUACCAACAAAUCUAACAAAACGAUUUCCAUUAAAAAAUACAACUGAUAAAUAUUUAAUUGAUGCAUUUUCAAAUACAAUUCUUCAUAUAUUAGAAAUAAAAUGUGGUGAUCCAAAGUCUUAUUAUUUAAAUAAUCAAAUAAAUUAUGAAUUAGAUCGAAUACUUCGUCAAGAUUUAUGUUCAUUAUUACGCGAAAUACUUGACGAUGGUUUACGACAAUAUUCUGGUUCUUUAUUUUCAAAAAAGAUGAAUUUAUGGCGUGUAAUUGAAUUAUUAACGCCAAUAACGAGUCGAUUUAAUGAAGCUAAAAUGAAAGCACAACUUGACAUACCAUCUACAAUAGAUUGGAUUGAAAAAUUUAAUUCAUUUAUAUAUCAUUUACUCAAUCUUCAUGAACUUGCUUCAUGGUUAACACAUUUUAUUUCUAAUCGUAAAUUAUUAAAUACAUAUUAUGAAUCAUCAGCAUUUUUACUUGUUAAUACUAAUAAUGAUUUAUUUGAAUGUAUUACAAAUCAAUUAGAAAAAUUAUCACCAUUACAAUUUCGAUUAAAAUAUAAAAUUUUAUCAAAUUCAAAAAUAUUAGGAAAUAAUCAACGUUUGUCUUCAUCGAUAUUAAUGAAAAAAUUUAAUGUACGAGCUUGGCUACGUGAUAGAAAAGCUCAAAUAAAAAUUUCAUCUAAAGAAUCACAAAUUUCAUCGACAAAAUCAAUAUCAUCUGUAUUAUCGAAUGUUUCUAUUCGACGUAAAUCGAAUACACUUCCAGGAUCUGGACAACGUUAA